AUGAGGAAUCAAGUUAUUAUUCCUUUAGCUUUUUUCACAUAUAAAUUUGUAUAUUGGUUUAAAAGUUAUAGAUUUUUGUCAAGUAUUUAUAAGAUUUCAAGUUUUAAAGAAUUAGAAGAGGUGUUAAUAAAUUCAAUUAGUAAAAAUGGACUAGCUGCAGCAGCAUCUUCAAUCACUGAAGGUGAAUUAAUUUUUGCACUUUAUUCAAGGUUGAAUUCAACUUCUCCACUAUUAACAAAUAUUAUAAAAGAUGCAUCAUCAUCAAAUAUAUCAUCUGCAAUUGCCGCAACAGCAACAGCAUCAUCAUCAGCAUCAGAUGUUAUAUCGACUGCAGCUUCAAAUACAAUACCAAUAAUAAUUAGUUCCACAACAACUAAUAAUGCAAAUAGUGGAGUAUUGGCAAUUCAAACCACAACAUCAUUAAUCUUUGAAUGUGCACAUUCAUCAUUGGCCACAAUGUCAAGUGUAAUAUCACAACAAUAUACCUCUGUACCAUCAUUCACCUUAACUGACUCCUUAGGUGAAACUAUAAAUGUAAUCACUGAUAAUGUAGUAUUCCCACUAGAGAAUAGUUUUUCAAAAUUUAUACUACAAUCACCUGGCGAUUCUUUAUUUACAAGAUUCUUUGAAAUAUUACUUGGAAAAAGAAAAUUAUUAGGUCAAUUAAUAGAAGAGAGAGUGUUAAGACCAAAUAUUAAUUUAUACACUGUUUUAUCAUGUAAAAUUGGAAAGAUUGGUAACGAUAUUCAAUGGAGAUUAGUUAAUGAACCAUUUCAAUUCUCAAAGGAUAAAUUGGAUUUUGAUCUUGCCGAUUCAAAAUUUAAAACUUUAAUGUAUGGUGGGUUUGUUAUUGCUUUAUCAACAAGUAUUAUACUUUAUUUUGGUAUUCCAAUGUUACGUGAUUAUCUUUAUCAUUUGAAAAUUAAACAAACUUCAACAACCUAUGAAGAUUCAAAAAGAAGUUGUUCAAUUUGUUAUGAAGGUGUUAGAGAUGUUGUCUUUUUACCAUGUUCUCAUGUUGUCACUUGUUUUGAUUGUUCUUCAAUGGUUGGAACUUGUCCUGUUUGUCGUAUGAUGAUUCAAACAAAGAAAAAGAUAUUUUUCUCUUAA